GUCUUUUGAACCUGCUGGGUUUCCGUCUUGUGAGCCACCGUAGGUUUCCUGUCCUGUGCGCAUGCUCUAAACGUUCAAAUGCUUCUCGUGUAAUUCGACAAAUAGUUUAUCUUUUGUGGUUUUAAAAAGCGGUCAAUAAGUCACCAUGUCCGUUCAAGCGUCAAAUCCCAACAACCCUAUUGUCUUCUUCGACAUCACCAUCGGAGGACAGGACGUGGGAAGGAUGAAGAUUGAGCUGUUUGCUGACGUGGUCCCCAAAACGGCUGAGAAUUUCCGGCAGUUCUGCACGGGAGAGUUCAGGAAGGAUGGCGUUCCAAUUGGUUUCAAAGGCUGCACUUUUCACAGGGUGAUUAAAGACUUCAUGAUACAAGGAGGAGACUUUGUAAAUGGUGAUGGCACCGGCAUCUGCAGCAUCUACAGAGGUCCUUUUGCAGAUGAGAACUUCCGAGUCAAGCACUCCGCACCCGGUCUUCUUUCCAUGGCAAACAGCGGUCCAGGGACAAAUGGCUGCCAGUUUUUCCUUACCUGCACUAAAUGCGAUUGGUUAGAUGGGAAGCAUGUUGUUUUUGGCAAAGUGGUGGACGGUCUGUUGAUCAUGAGGAAAAUUGAGAAUGUGCCUACAGGACCCAACAACAAACCCAAACUCCCCAUCCUCAUCGCACAGUGCGGGGAGAUGUGAUCCAGAAGCCACGCGUGAGGAAUACUCAGCUUUACUUCAAGCUCAUCAGCAAACAUCCAGAAUAUUCCACUAUAGUUUCCGAUGUGGACCUUUUCCCUUACAGCAGAUGGUUGGGUCGACUCGUUUUCCACAGCGGUCACUGACGGGAGACGAUUGUAAUUUGAUUUUAGAAUAAGUCUCGCUAAACUUAAAGAUCAGUGGUUAUUAUUAUGUUUCCCUCAAUCAACACAGAGUUUCUGUACCUCAUUUUGUUUUUGUCAUUUUGUGUAUCAAAUAUUGUCAAUAAAUUUGUACAUUUUUA